GGACAUCUUUAGAUGUGGGAAUGUGCAUGGUAUCAGGCGCGUAUAUGUCGAGUGUACAAAAACGUGCGUGUCGCGAAUCAGCAUAGGGAGUACCGUUGCGAUUUACCUUAUACUCGUGGUGACUGUCAGUGCGUCUUCAUAAAACAUAGAGCAUUCCUGUGUUACCAUGGGCUGAAUGCUGCCGUGCCGUGUAGCUGUCAGAUUGCACGCACGUACGCAUGCAUACAUACAUGCAUCCACGCAUCCACGAGAGUGUGAGACCAAGAAAAAAGAUCCACAUUCCCUAGAAGUCGAGAAGCGACAAAACAGCAAUAGAUGAAUAAUCGUAGUGAAAGCGAGAAUACUGUCCGUUAUUUUUCUCUCUUUUUUCUUUUUCCUUUUAUUUUCGCGGUGUCUACGCGUAAACAAAGGACUCGCAACAACGAGAAACACAUAUAUACACAUUGAGUUCGAUCCACCUGAUGUUCGAUCGCCAACGAUGGAGCCCGAGGAACCUCUAAUGCAAGGAAUACUGCUAUUACCGCCGCAGGGAAUGUUGGGCCAGCUCAAGAAAACAUGGCACAAGAGAUUCUGUCAACUCUUUAGAACGAGUAACUAUGGGAUCAAGCGUGUCGAAAUCUAUGAUAAUCAAGAGGAAGCGAUAUUGCAGUCCCACUCACCGCGCAUCAUCACGUUAGAUGCCUGUAUAAAAAUUGCCCCUAGCAACCAGUCGCACGUCUUUGUUGUGGUGACUAAAUCAGGAGUACACUAUUUCGGCUGUUACUCAGAGAUGGAGAUGACGCAUUGGAUCACGGCAUUUCAGUUGGUUGCCUUUAAGGAUAGUGUGUCGAAUCAAACGAUAGAGGAGAACAACGAUCUGUACUGCACGAGUGGGGAAGGCGUGUUCUCUGUUAAAGUCGUGGAGACAGACGCGUCUAAGCGGUGUGGAUUGGAGGCAAGAAACUACACACUAGUAAUUGCCGCGGUGGACAUGAAACUGAUGGACGGUGACAUCGUUCUGUUCACGUGGCCGUACAGAUACAUCAGACGAUACGGAUAUAGAGACGGGAAAUUUAUCUUCGAAGCUGGAAGGAAAUGCGAGUCCGGCGAGGGUUCUUUUCGUUUGGAGCACGGUAGCCAGCAGGAGAUCUUUCGAUGCAUGUACGCUAAAAUGCGAUCCAUGAAGAAGUUGUUGAACGAAGAGAAUAAUCCGAGCAUAGAAUGCAAUGACGCUCAAUACCACGCGGCUUUAUCUAUGGAAGCUGGCUCCAGAGCGGCGUUACCGCCGUCCCCGAAUAAUUCUAGCAAUUUGAUCGAGAUAGAUUUUCCUACUCCGCAGAAUUCCCAGAAAGCCUUUUUAACUUCGUCAAACGUGGAUUCUACAACUUCAUCGAGUAGAUUAUCGAGUAAAUCUAAACCCGCUAAACCACCAAGAAAAUGUGCCUUCAAUCUGCUGGAGAAGAAAAAUCUCGAUCCGGAAUUCUCGGAUGUGCCCGCAUGCGGGGAAUAUAUAACCCUGAGUCAAACCAACUCACCGGAAUUGUCUCACAAGAGCAUCGGCAAUGUUAUACAGGAGGAAGAGGAGAAGCAUCCGUAUGACUUGGUGGAGAUUAGAAACGACGCUUGGAGGACGCACGGUAUCGACAGCGUGCAUCACACCGAGAGAGUAUUAUCAGGCUUACCUAGCGAGAAAAAACAGGAGAACGACAAUGACGAUUUGCAAUAUGAGGUCAUGAUGCCGAUACGUAAUCACGAUAUGCCAUUCCAGAAUUCGUGCGCGAAUAAAUGCGGCAUCAACGAUACCGCGAUCGCCAAACCGGCGAUACAAAAUAUUGCCAAGAUGGACGAAUCGGAUUACGAUAAAUUGGAGCACUUCGGAUCCGUCUCGAAACUUAGUCAGAAAUCUACGUACAAGUACACGAAUUCGUCACAGAGCAUACAUUCCAACGCGUCUCACGGGGAAAAUUCGAAUUGCGGUCUCGUUAAUCCAGCGUGGUCCAAUUACGACAUCGUCGAAGACAUGACUGCCGUUAGAUUAGCCGAUGACAGUCACCUCGGCUACGGGAUUAUUCGGAAGAAGACGGAUCACUCUGAGAUGACUGCUGGUAAUGCCACAAGUGGCCCACAACACAAAGUUUUUAACAACAGUGAAUAUGCGAUCGUAUCGAAACCAAAAAGAGUGUAAAAUGCGCGAAUAUUCGGACACCAAUUCAUGCUACAAUCAUGCAAUGAAUUCCUUUUAUAACAAUCUUUUAGAAAUCUUUAUCUUUUCGUAAUUAAUUUUAAGUAGUACGAAAGAUAUACUAGUCUGUGCCACGUGGCUAUAAUAUUAUAUAUAAUAAUCAUUUCUCGUUUCGCGAAAUUUCUGAUAUACAGGGUUGCCCGAUAAUAGAGAGGUAUCAACGUUCGUGAGAUAAUAGAGCGGGUUGAAUUAAGUGGGAAAGUUUUGUGUCAUUUUUUAAACAUCUCGAAAUUUUAUUCUUUAAAAAUGAUACAGAAUUUUUUUCCUCAACUCAUUCUAUCAUCUCACGAGUAUUGGUAUCAUCAUUACCGGAUAUCCUGUAUAAUUAUUGCUUCAUUACAAAACGAUACAAACAAUUCUCGUAUUGUCACUUUACCCGGUACCUAUUUUUCUACAUCUACUUUUUAUAAAGAUACUAGUCUUAUUAAUUAUUCUGAUGGUAUUUAGACAAGACUAAACAUCUAAAAAUUGCAUACACCGUGCCUUUUUAAAGAUAUAUAUUUUUUAACAUUAAUUAGGAAAGCUCACAAAGUGAUUAAGAUUUAAUCAAUAUAUAUAGUUGACUGAUUUAUGAAAACACAUAUAUAACACCUUACAAAGUGGAAGCAUAUUUUAGAAUUAAUGCCAAAUUUAUACUAAAUUAUCGUAAACGCGCGCACAUUGAAAUCUCUAUCGACGCAUGUGUGUAUGCGUGCGCACGCGCGCGCAUGUAUACAUACAUACAUACAUAGAUACAUAGAUAUAUUCGUGUACUUAUAAAUUCAUUAUUAUAUAUUUUAUUACUACUGUUACAAUUUGGUUUGUAGACAGUGCCAGGCUUGGCGUCCAAAGGGCUAUUUCAACAUAAAAAAAAUACUAUUACAACUAUCCAUUAUCAUUAUACUACUACAUUCAUUUUUAUUAUAUAUAAACUUUAUUAGAUAACCAAACUGCCUAAAGCCAAGGACUUGGUUUAAAAAUUGAUCUUGUUCUAUUCUUUCAUUCACUCUCCUACGCUCACUCGCACACACAUACACUCUCUCACACCCCAUCUCGCACCCUUUGUUCCUCUCUCUCUCUCUUUGCUUUUUGAUGUCUCUCGUAAUUCUUACUGUCUCUCUAUUUCUCCCCUCAUCUAAUAUAUCCUUUACUCUCAUCUCUUUCUUGUCAUUUAUGUACUUCAUUACGUGCUCCGCUGAACUCUCCUCCACAGAUCUUGCAUCUUUUUUUUUCCUCUGUAUCCCAAUAUCUAUUUUUCUCUUCCUCAUUAUGCUUUUAUAUUUUGUAUCUCUUAUCCUUCCUUCUAUCCAUUGUCCUAAUUUUUCUCUUUCCCUCCCUUUUAUAAUACUGUGUUUGCAUUUCUCUCUCCCUCUCUCUCUCUAAUUGUAAAUGACCUUCCGAAUUAAAUCCGUUUUGAUUGUAGAAUCUUGUUUUUUCUUCUUCUAUUCUUUUAUACGUUUCUUUUUCCUUUACACGUUCUACAACCUUUUCUCGUUCUUGAUCGUUUUUUUUUUCAUAACUAACUGUCCUGUACCAGUGCACCCUGCUAUCGUUCCUGUCUAUGUCCGUUUCUUUAUAAAUAAUGGCGUCCGGUGUACAGCAAUCAAGAUUCAGUGUCCAUUUUACAUAUUUCUUUUGUACCUUCUCUAAAUCCUCACUUCCUUUCCAUCCCCAUAUAUUAUUAUUCCUAACACUAAAUAUCUAAGUAACAUCAUCUUCCUCUCUUGAAAUCAUCUUUAAACUUAGGUUCACCUAUCCCACACUUGUUUCAUUACCAUAUUCAUUUUCCUCUUCAGUUCCUUUAUACGCCUUUCUUCCUUCCCGUUCUUUCUUAACCACACGCGCGCGCGCGCAUACACACAUACCCAAACACACUUUUAUUACAUUCAUAGUAUAAUCUAUGAUUAUAUUUGUCAUUUUGCUAUACAUAGAGAAAAUUUUUGUUGAAUGCGUAAUAUCAUGCUAAAAAUUAUUGUAUUUGUACCAUAUAAUUAGUUUAGAUAUUUUUACAUUAAAACUGGAAAUUACAUAUUACAGGAAAUAAAACCACUAAUCUUUUCAUUGUUAUCAGUGUCUACAGACAUUCGACGAAAAUGGUCAUUCAAAAUGUGUACGACUAGUACCUACAGGCGCCUAGUAGUAAUCAAUUGCCGAGUAUGAUCAACGUCUGUAGGUGUUUAAUUCCUUUCUUAUCCGUAAUAUGAAGACAAUAUUAACAAGUAUGUAUCAUGACGAUUGCCAUCAGCUCAGCCAUACGUAGCAAGCGAUUUGCUUUCGUAUGGCUUGCAACUAAAUGAUUGUGUAAUUAAUAUAAUUUUUCUGAUAUAUAUUUUAUUGAUAUAUUUUUUAAUAUAUUUUAAAUGUCUCAGACAGAAUAGAGAAAAUAUAACAGAUCUUCAACU